UUACUGUUGACUGUUAUGUUAGUCAAUCAGUCAUUUGUUUAAAACAACAGUUUUGUCUAUUUUUGCGGUGAUUUGUUGGACAGUUGACCCAUUGGUCAUCAUUUUCUUGUGACAAGUGAUUAAACAUUAAAAUCGAUGGCCUCUUCUCGAAUCAGUCGCCGCUACGGUCGGUACGCUCUGCUGGUGGCCGGCGCCGGCCUAUCGACGUACGCCGUGUUUCGGCUGAUUGACCAGAAAAAAGAGAGAUACUUAGUAUCGGCCUCAUCACCACCACAGACAUUAGCACAACAACAACUAAAACAAUUGUCCAGCAAAGGACUACCAUCAAGAGUUGAUCAACUAAACAGUCUUAAAUCGGGCAAAGAAUUUGAUGUAUUGGUUGUUGGCGGCGGUGCCACGGGUUGUGGUGUUGCUUUGGAUGCUAUCACAAGAGGUUUAUCGACGGCAUUGGUCGAGUUGGAUGACUUUUCGUCGGGCACUUCCAGCCGUAGCACAAAACUAAUCCACGGAGGCGUACGCUAUCUGCAAAAGGCUAUCCUCAAGUUAGAUAUGGAACAGUAUAAGAUGGUCAAAGAGGCGCUUCAAGAAAGAGCAAACCUCUUGGAGAUUGCACCUCAUCUGUCAUAUCCGUUGCCAAUUAUGUUACCGGUGUAUCACUACUGGCAGAUCCCAUAUUUUUGGGUCGGCAUUAAAAUGUAUGAUUUGGUUGCCGGCACUAAAAAUGUAAAAAAAUCGUAUUAUCUCUCAAAGAAGGACGCAAUGGAAUUGUUUCCGAUGUUAAAGAGUGAUUCAUUGGUCGGAGCGAUUGUCUACUACGAUGGUCAACAUAACGACGCCCGUAUGAAUCUAUCCAUUGCAUUGACUGCCGCCCGAUAUGGAGCUACUAUUGCCAAUCAUGUGGCAGUUACUAAACUAAACAAAGAUUCUGGUGGCAAGUUGAUUGGCGCCAGACUACAGGAUCAGUUAACUAAACAGGAAUGGGAUGUUAAGGCCAAAGUUAUAGUCAAUGCCACGGGACCGUUCACUGAUAGUAUCCGAUUGAUGGACAAUCAGGAAACUAGGAAAAUAUGUCAGCCCAGUUCCGGUGUCCAUAUUGUAUUACCCGGUUAUUAUUCCCCGGAAAGUAUGGGUCUGUUAGAUCCAUCUACCAGUGAUGGACGAGUCAUAUUUUUUCUGCCGUGGGAAAAGUGGACAAUUGCCGGCACCACAGACAAAGUGUGCGAAGUGACUCAUAAUCCAGCGCCUACUGAAUCCGAUAUUCAAUUCAUAUUGAGUGAGAUUCGACAUUAUCUCAGUCCCGAUAUCAAUGUUCGUCGUGGAGAUGUUAUGUCCGCGUGGGCUGGUAUUCGGCCACUAGUUUUGGAUCCAAGCAAACCUAACACCGAAUCUAUUGCACGAAAUCACAUCAUUGAUUUGAGUCCUAGUGGUCUCGUAACAGUAGCCGGCGGCAAAUGGACUACUUAUCGAGUGAUGGCACAGGAAGCGAUUGAUGCGGCCGUUAAAGACAAUCCGGACAAAAUAGGUCACGCAACUGAAUGCAAGACAUUGGGUUUAACUCUCGAAGGCGGACACAAAUGGACGCCCACACUGUACAUACAUUUAGUGCAGGAUUUCGGUUUGGAGCCCGAAGUGGCCCACCAUUUGGCUAACACUUACGGCGACAAAGCGUUUGCCGUCGCAAAGUUAGCCGAAUUGACCGGAAGACGGUGGCCAGUGGCCGGACGGCGACUGCACGUAGAAUUCCCAUAUAUUGAGGCCGAAAUUAGAUUUGCCGUCAGAGAGUACGCCUGUACUGCUGUCGACGUAAUCGCACGGCGUUUGCGAUUGGCUUUCCUCAACACACAGGCAGCUGAGGAAACAUUACCGAGAAUUGUCGACAUUUUGGCUGAAGAACUUAAAUGGAGUAAAUCAGAAAAAGAGAUCCAAUUAAACAAAGCAAAAGACUUUUUGCGCAAAGAAAUGGGACAACAGGUGGACAAAGAACUCAGAGAUGUUUUACCGAUUUCACUAACAAAGGAUGAAAUCAAUAAAUAUAGCAAACAAUUCCAUUCACUCGAUAGGGAUAGGAAGGGAUACAUCGGUAUUAAUGAUUUGAGAAGAUCUAUGAAAGCACAGGGAGUUAAGAUAAGUGAGGAUGAACUCCAUCAGAUGCUGAGCGAAGUGGACAUCAAUAAGAAUGGACAGGUAGAGUUGGGCGAGUAUCUGGAACUCAUGAGCGCUAUCAAGACUGGAACCAUAGCGCACAGCAGGUUCUCGAAAGCCGCUGAGUUUGAGUACAAUAAAAUAUCAGUGGAUCGCGCGGGAGGGGGUCUAUAAAAUUUAGGGGAACUCCAAAAAUCUCUGUUCUCACCAUAUGUUAGAUCAUUUAUAGUCAUCAUAAACAACAGUAACAGAUCAUACCAUUUCUGUUGAUGUAUUUAUAUCUUAAAUCCUUACCUUUUCCUUACAUCCAGUUUUUAAAAGUGUUUGUUUUAUGCAUUUAUUAGCUAUAUAUAUGGUAACCGUUGUUUUAUGACAUCUACGGUAAUGUUGAAUUGUUGUAAAAUUUCAAUUAUUGUUUGGUCACAUAUCUCAAUAUAUUAAUUAAAUAUACUAUAAAUUACCGGUAAUAUAAUGGUUAUAAUUAUACAAUUAACUAGUCAUACAAACUAGACAUUUAUUAUUUGUUUUUUAAAUUACCGUAUCUAUCGGUACUUCACUAAUUAUCUGACAAUAAUUAUUAGAUGUUUUAAUAAAACUAUUGUUUUAAUUGUUUCAACUUUGGUGACAAUUACUGUAUAUCACCUACUUA